AUGCACCUGUACAUGUCCUGAAAUGCGAUUCAAGCCAUUGUCAUUGGCCUUGCUUUCCAUUUCCAAGCACUUAAGUGAAAGCCUCGGUGUUAGGGGCGGAAUCAAACGUAGCUGCGGUUACCCAUCUUUCUUCGCCGCCAUGUCCACCAUUUCUACUGAGAAAGACGCCUUUUCGGCUCCUACCCAGUCCAUCCCCAAGUCGCCUCAGCCUUUGCAGGUUGCAAAGCGGUUGGAGAAGGCCAAAAUGACAAUUUACACACAAAUGAGUAGUCUUGCCAUCAAGCAUGGGGCAAUUAACCUUGGCCAAGGCUCUCCCAACUUUGAUGGUCCUGAGUUUGUAAAGGAAGCAGCAAUUCAAGCCAUCAAGGAUGGAAAAAAUCAGUAUGCUCGUGGAUUUGGAGUUUCAGAAUUAAACAAUGCUGUUGCCGAACGGUUCAAGAAAGACACUGGACUUCUGGUGGACCCUGAUAAAGAAGUUACUGUUACCUCUGGUUGCACUGAAGCAAUUGCUUCUACUAUCUUAGGGUUGAUAAAUCCCGGGGAUGAGGUGAUCCUCUUUGCUCCCUUUUUUGAUUUGUUUGAGGCCACUCUCUCCAUGGCUGGUGCCAAUAUUAAAUGUGUAACGUUGCGCCCACCAGAUUUUGCUGCCCCCAUCAAUGAGCUGAAGUCUGCUAUCUCAAAGAAUACACGUGCAAUACUUAUGAAUACUCCCCAUAACCCAACUGGAAAGAUGUUCACCAGAGAAGAACUCAAUCUGAUUGCAUCUCUCUGCAUUGAGAAUGAUGUGUUGGUUUUCGCAGAUGAAGUUUAUGAUAAGUUGGCUUUUGAAAUGGAUCACAUUUCCAUGGCAUCUCUUCCAGGAAUGUAUGAGCGUACUGUUACUAUGAAUUCGUUGGCUAAGAUAUACUCCUUAACAGGGUGGAAAAUUGGGUGGGCAAUAGCUCCUCCGCAUUUGACGUGGGGAGUGCGGCAGGCACAUUCUUUCCUCACUUUUGCUACUUCCACUCCAAUGCAGUGGGCAGCAUCAGUUGCACUUAGAGCCCCAGACUCUUACUAUGCGGAGCUUAAGAGAGAUUACAUGGCAAAGAAGGCAAUUCUGGUGGAGGGAUUGAAGGCUGUCGGUUUCAAGGUAUUUCCAUCAAGUGGAACCUACUUUGUGGUUGUAGAUCAUACCCCUUUUGGGCUGGAAAAUGAUGUUGCUUUUUGCGAGUAUCUGAUCAAGGAAGUUGGGGUUGUAGCAAUUCCGACCAGCGUAUUUUACUUAAACCCUGAAGAAGGAAAGAAUCUGGUGCGAUUUACAUUCUGUAAGGAUGAGGAAACACUGAAGGCUGCAGUUAAGAGGCUGAAGGAGAAGUUGAUGAGAAAAUAAUGCUGAUGUAUGUAUUUAAACUUGAGUCAUUCAUCGGAUGGAAGUGUUCGUGUUGCAAUGUUAAGCACUUGAGGUUGAAAGUGAAGUAUUUUGCUGUAUACCAAUUUGAAGACAAGUUUCUCAACUCAUGACUUAUGUAAAUUGUCAGUAAAAGGAUACCAGUGACUUUGCUUGCUUAAGGUACAAAGAUUUGGCUCUAA